AUGGUCAACAUUCCCAAAACCCGCAACACCUACUGCAAGGGCAUCAAGUGCAGAAAGCACACUCCCCACAAGGUGACCCAGUACAAGGCUGGUAAGGCCUCCUUGUACGCUCAGGGUAAGAGACGUUACGAUCGUAAGCAGUCCGGUUAUGGUGGUCAGACCAAGCCCGUUUUCCACAAGAAGGCCAAGACCACCAAGAAGGUUGUCCUCCGUCUCGAAUGUACCGUCUGCAAGUACAAGAUGCAACAACCCCUCAAGCGCUGCAAGCACUUCGAAUUGGGUGGUGAAAAGAAGACCAAGGGUGCCGCUCUUGUUUUCUAA